GGACGGAAAAGGAUAUCAAUUUGGAUGAAUCUAUGAACGCGGAAAGAGAUUUUUAAGACUUACAGUAUAACCGUAUCCAUUGGUUACUGUACCACUAUGAUACAACAUAUGGAAAAGUCGGAAUUUGACUCUCAAUUACAAAGUAAUACAUCAAACUCGGAGCAUGGCAGCAACUCCAGUCAGGGGGAAGGGAAUGACGAAGCUUCGACCUCAGUCAAUGAGAUGCAGUACCCUCCAGAUGUUAAGUCUGGCUUCGAUGAGCUGUGUCCAGUGUGUGGGGAUAAGGUGUCUGGUUACCACUAUGGUCUCCUUACUUGUGAAAGUUGUAAAGGAUUCUUCAAAAGAACAGUACAGAACAAGAAAGUGUAUUCAUGUGUAGAUAACAGAAGCUGCCACAUAGAUAAAAGUCAGAGGAAACGAUGUCCUUUCUGUAGAUUUCAAAAAUGUUUGAGUGUUGGAAUGAAGCUAGAGGCGGUGAGACAGGAUAGGAUGCGAGGAGGAAGGAACAAGUUUGGCCCAAUGUACAAGCGUGACAGAGCACUUAAACAACAGGUGGCCAGGCAACAGCACCAUCUUAUGGCAUCUUGUGGAAUGCACCUAAUGAAUGGAAUGGCUCCUCUCCCUCCCUCCUCUGAAGACAUUAAACCUGACCCUGCAAUCCUCCAACAAAUGGCUGCCAGUAUCAAUGCAAACAUGGGGAGUUAUGGGAUGAACCACUCCCCUCUUUCUGGCAUGCCCUCCCCUGCUAUGCCUGACUCGCCCCCUACAGAUCUGAGUCGGGUGUCUGGCAUGUCCCAGCAUUCCCCAGUGUCCUCGCCCCCUGGUCACUACUCCUCCCUGUCGCAGCAGACCUACCCCUCCAUGAUGACAGCAUUAAGGAACAACUAUAGUCCAUCACAGCAUCAUUCUCAGCACCACCCCCACUCCCAUCACCAGCCCAUCCACCCUCCCCAUCACCAUCAGCACCACCACUCACAACAACCCCACCACCACCACCAGAUGUCACCGAUGGCUGCAGCGCCACCUAUCGUGCCAAUUGUGCCUCAAUUGAUUAUAGACAUGAAAGCAAAUUUGACUGACGAAAAUGAAAUAUGUCAGAAACUCUUCUCAUUUGUGCAAACUCAGUAUGGUCAUGAGGAUGUAGUCAACCAGCCACUCAAACUAUUGCAAAUGAUAUGCAAGCUGUCUGACCAGUUGUUAUUCCUCAUGGUAGAGUGGGCAAGGACGUCAGUGUAUUUCAAGGAAUUCAAGGUUGAAGAUCAGAUGAAAAUGUUACAACACAGCUGGAGUGAGAUCCUCAUACUCGACUUGGUUCAUCGGCUAGUUCGGGAAAUAUGGUCAGGGGAGGUAACUCUAGAAAGUGGACAGAAGAUUGCUCUGGAUUGUCUGGAUAAGCUUGGUCUGGCAGAUGCUAAAGAUCGAAUUCGGGACCUCAUUCGCAAGAUGAGAGACCUAAAAAUAGACAUUAACGAAUACCUGUGCCUAAAGUACCUUAUACUUUUAAAUCCAGAUGUGCCAGGUCUCGAGAAUCGUCACCAUGUGGAACAGUGCCAAGAAAGGGUCAAUGCAGCAUUGAUGGAAUACUGUGUAAACUUCUAUCCAAGUGUCAAGGAUAAAUUUGGACAGGUGUUGCUUCGGUUACCGGAAGUGCGACUUAUCAGUAUUCGUGCAGAAGAAUUCCUGUACUUUAAACAUUUAAACGGAGAGCUUCCGGAACAGACACUUUUAAUAGAAAUGUUACACUCCAAGAAAAAAUGAUUUCUCCUGUGUUUAGGCUAGAUGUCUACAUGUGGAAUUGUUUAUGUAUAUCAAGAUUUUUACCUUUAGUCAUAUGAUAAUUAACAUUGUUUGUGAUGUCAGAAUAUGUGUUUGUACUGCAGCAUUGUGUACUAGUAUGUUUUGUAAAUACUGGCACCAAUAGUUCUACUAGUGUUGAUAACUAUAGACUCGAAAUGAGGUCAGUAUUCAACUUUCUUACCCCAGUUACAAACCAUGUCAAUGUCAGACUGAGGUCAGAUCUACUGCAGUUUUCAGAGGUUCAAGUGCUUGUGGUUCUAGUGACAAAAUCCAUGGUUGAUUAAUUUAUUUGUAUGUGAAAAUUAACACAUAAUCAAAACCUUAUGAUCAAUAGAGAGAGUGCUAAUCUUUGUUCAAAGAUAAUAUAUAUGUUAUUGACUAUUAUUUAUUUAUUGACAUUUCAUGUGUCACUUUUUUUUAAUGAUAAUCUUCAUCUAAACCUCCCCACAUUCAUCAAAUAUCCUAGAAUAUAAUUGUCUUUUAAAUAAUCUUGACUUGACAGAAACUUUUUUUUCAGUACUUAAUUCAGAUUUUUUUCUAAAUAAACACAAGUUAGGAUGUCCUGAAAA